GAGAGAGAGAGAGGCAACAAACAAAUAACUCUCCCAUGUGGGAAGGUUGGACUUGGGAACCAAAAGGAGGGAGAGAGAGAGAGCAGCAGCAGCAGCAGCAAUUCCAAUGAAUUCGAAUAUGGGUUUCUUUAGAAAAUCACAACGCAGACAAAACACAAUCCAUAUAAUACUCCAACAAAGACCAAAUCUCAUCAAGAUUCCACGUUCAAUUACUUUUUAUAUAAAUCAUAUAUUAUAUACACACAUUCCUGGAUCUUCCACCGUCUCUUCCUUUUCUCUGGCAAGAAAGUCCAAACUUUUCUCGGGAAAAUCUUGGGUUUUUUGUGGGAAAAGUUCAUGGGUGUUGUUGGAUGUUGAUGUGAGAAAUGGCAAGUGUGAUAAGCUUAGGGAGGUCUCUGGAGGAGACACCAACAUGGGCAGUCGCAUCAGUCACUACAGUUAUGGUUUUCGUCUGCCUUCUAGUCGAACGAUCCAUCUACCGAUUCGGAAAGUGGUUGAAGAAGACUAGGAGGAAGGCUCUGUUUGCUUCUUUGGAGAAGAUUAAGGAAGAGUUGAUGCUGCUUGGGCUUAUAUCUUUGAUGUUAGGGCAGUGGGCAGGGUGGAUUUCUCAGAUAUGUGUGAAUUCAUCUCUUUUCAGCAGUCGAUUCUAUCUUUGUUCUGAAGAGGAUUAUGGCAAAAAUGAAAAAAUUUUGCUCACAAAAUCCUUCUCAUCUUUAAAUGAGAGUGAUAUUCCUCCAGGAGUCAACUAUCCUUCAUCUCAUCAAUGUGGUGAGGGACAUGAACCUUUUGUUUCAUAUGAAGGUCUUGAACAGCUUCAUCGCUUCUUGUUUGUUCUCGGUGUCACUCAUGUGCUGUAUAGUUGCGUUGUGGUUGGUUUGGCUAUGAGCAAGAUUUACAGCUGGAGGAAAUGGGAAAACGAAGCAUGCCUUGCGCUUGAUGCAAACCUGCAAGCGAAGGUGAACAAGGUGAUGAAGCGGCAAUCCACUUUUGUUUUACAUCAUGCAUCUCAUCCUUGGAGCCGGAGCCGGGUUCUUAUCUGGAUGCUUUGCUUUCUACAACAGUUUAAGAGUUCAAUACAGAAGUCAGAUUACUUAGCAUUGCGAUUGGGUUUCAUCACCAAUCACAAACUACCACAUUCUUAUAAUUUCCACAGAUAUGUGGUUCGGAGUAUGGAAGAUGAAUUUUAUGGAAUUGUGGGGAUCAGCUGGCCACUCUGGGGUUACGCCAUACUGUGCAUCUUCAUAAAUAUUCAUGGUUCAAAUAUUUACUUCUGGCUUUCUUUCAUCCCUGCCAUUCUUGUCAUGUUGGUUGGAACAAAACUCCAGCAUGUUGUGUCAUUGUUAGCACUUGAGACUCUGGAGCCGAGGGGACAACCUAUUGGAACUCAAGUAAAGCCUCGUGAUGAACUUUUUUGGUUUGGGAAACCAGAAAUAUUGUUAUGGUUAAUACAGUUCAUCUCAUUUCAGAAUGCUUUUGAGAUGGCAACAUUUAUAUGGUCAUUGUGGGGAUUUAAGCAGCGAUCAUGUUUCAUGGAUAAUCAUGCAAUGAUCAUCAUCCGGUUGAUUUCAGGUGUUCUUGUUCAGUUCUGGUGUAGCUAUAGCACUGUACCUCUGAAUGUACUCAUCACACAGAUGGGAUCAAAGUGUAAGAAAGCCGUGAUUGCUGAGAGUGUCCGAGAGUCACUCCAUACUUGGUGUAAGAGAGUAAGAGCAAGGUCCAAGCGCGAUGCUCUGCAUUCACUUGCUACAAGGUCUACUUGUUCCCUCGAAUCUAUAAUCGAUGAGAGGAAUGAGAUCAUCACUGUUGGAUCCGGUACCUUAUCAAGAAGCUCUUCUAUAGGCACACUGGAUCAUGUCGAGUUAAAUGUAGAGAAAUUUUUUGAGACUUCAAUUCCAACCCAACACGAAUUAUCAUUCCAGAUGCCAGAAAAUCCAUCAGAAACCGUAGCUGAUGGUGCAGAAGAUGAUAACUACUUGCAUGGUGGAGAAGGUGGCAAUGAUGAGACUCUUUUCGAGUUGUUUCAAAAAACAUGAUAGUGUUUUUCAAAAGUGGUAUUUUCGUCGACAGUGUUGACAACUUGGGAUGAGUUCAAGCUUCAUUUCCAAAAUGGAAGUUUCUUUAAUUGAUUGACUGUGAUAUUUGUACAAUACUGGUUUGUUUGCAUAGAAAUUUUUUUUUUUUUGCAAGCUUUUGUAUAUCACAAUGGAGUACUAAAAUAGAAUUACAUAUGUACUGGAUCAUGAAACAAGUUUUCUUAUCCAAUCCAUUGGAAUGCAUGAUGAUUUGUCAUUCCAUAGAGUUUGAACUUAAUCACCAAUUACGUGCACAGAAAAAUCUUGAUCUCAACUAAUAUGAAGUUGGAUUACUUUUCUUCUUCUUUUUUUGGAUACGCUUUUCUUUAAACUUUUUUGUGCACGUAGGCCUAGUUUGGUUCGGGCUAUUUUAGCCUAGAAAAAAUCGGUUUAUUUGUCUUAUUAAGACAUUUUAAAAUUUUGAUUAAUUUUCUUUCCUUUUUUUUUUUUUUUUUUUUUUUCUUUAUCUUUUGUUUUAAGGGUCUACUAGUCUUGAAGAACCUUAAAAAAUGAUUAGUUUGAUGAAAACUUUGCUCAACCAAACUAGGCCAUACUAUUACUGGAAUUUUAAGAAUCUUUUUUGUUUUACAUUAGCAUACUUUUCAUGAGUGGAAAGAGAAUAAAAAGCUUUUCAACAUCUAUACUAUAUAAUAGCAGACAAUUUAGAAGGUUUUAGAACUUUGCCACUUUUUUUUCCACUCAAAAUUGUCAAUAUUGUUGAUUAUUUCAGAAAAUAAUUACGAACAAUUAUCAAAAUCAACUUGUAUUAUACAUUCAUCAAAUAAACAAAAAAUUUAGACAUAAAUUGCAAAUGUAUUGCGUUUGCAACCACCAGCAAGUUAUUGAAGCUUACAAUCAUUUCCCUUAAGGGGAAUGUAAAAGAAACCAAGGCAAAAUUAAAUUACUCAAAGCAUAACAAUCAUGAGAGAGACACAGAGUACAUCGAGAAGAAGUAAACUAAGCA